AAGAGGCGCCCGAGAGAGGGGGCUCAGAGCGCACCCACGGAGCGUCGCGCACAUUGCACCAGGGACUCUGCUUUUUGGAAAGACUGGGAGACAAAAGUGGAAUCCCUGCGCCAUGACGGGAAAGGAGGGAGUUGUACUUUCAGACACUGAGAAUAAACAGAAACCCGCCUCUCAAACCAGCGUGAUCCACGGGGGAUCACAGCAGCCGCCUCCAGUUUGGAAGAUGGGCCCCACGGUGCACCGGCGCACCGGCUUCGGGAUCCAGGAGCUGCUCGGCCUCAACAAGGAGCCGCCGGCGGUGCCGAGGCGGCCGCUGGAGUCUCUACCGCACAGGGCGCACGUCCUGGCCGCCAGGUCGGCCCUCGGCCACGGGGGCCUCGGAGUCGGCAUGGGUUUACUGGGACCAGAGGGAAUACACCCGUUUUACAGUCAGCCGGCCUUUCUGGAGGUGCUGUCAGAGGCGCAAAAUGUUCACCUGCAGCCGCUGCACAGGGCGGCGCACAUGGACGCACAGAUGGACGCACAGCACUCCUCCAGCUCCGAUUCUGAUGACAUGAGCCUGUCCUCCGGUGAUAAGCAAUUCUCCAAAUCAUCCAUGAGUCAAAGCAAGAAACGAAAGAAAAGACGACACAGAACUAUCUUCACAUCCUAUCAGCUGGAGGAGCUGGAGAAAGCCUUUAAUGAAGCUCACUACCCUGACGUUUACGCCAGAGAAAUGCUCUCCAUGAAGACAGAGCUUCCAGAGGACAGAAUACAGGUUUGGUUUCAAAACCGCAGAGCCAAGUGGAGGAAAAGGGAGAAGUGUUGGGGUCGGAGCAGUGUGAUGGCAGAGUACGGCUUGUACGGUGCCAUGGUCCGCCACUCCAUCCCCCUCCCCGAGUCCAUCCUCAAAUCAGCCAAGGAAGGCAUCACAGACUCCUAUGCUCCAUGGUUACUAGGUAUGCACAAGAAAUCCAUUGAAACUACACACACCUCCCCCAGCAAAGCCAGCAGCACGACACCGACGCCUCCACAGGAGAAAAUAGUGGAAAAGAUGACGGAGGAGGACAAAGAGAAGCGGACUAAAGACACAAAGUCUGAGAUUUCUAAAGAGGAACUGAGGGAGAACAGUAUCGCUGUUCUGAGGGCCAAGGCGCAGGAGCACAACGCUAAAAUGCUCUGCAAAGUUUCAGACAGACCGAACGGCCACGUCACACAUAAGGAGGAAGCAGAGGAUGAUGUGACAGAACAAGAAACAGCAGAGGCGGAAAUAACAAACUGAAGGAAAGACACAGACUUGAUUGUUGUGGUGAAACCCAGAUGCAGAUCGGACUCUCUUGGUUGAGUUGAGGACAGACUUCAAAUGUGGAUCCUCAGAUGUUUGACAGACAAAUAGCUUUUACAUUUCUCCACAUACGUUUUAAGUCAACCACUGAGAGAAAUUCUGCUUUGCUGCUUUAGAAAUAAAUAUACAACUAACCAAAACUCUACAGCUCAAAGGGUUUUUCCUCCCCAUCCACAGAGACUAGUUUCUCUAACAUUUCUGACAGAUGUUCUGGCACAGCUGCAUAUACAAUACUUUAUUUUCUUCCAGUAGAUUAAAAUGAUCUCAAGGCAGCUGCAUUGUACAACUUAUGUUUAUGGGAGUGGGAUGCUUUUAUUAAACAGGAUCUGUGACCUUUCAGACUAUUUUUUUUUAUUCCUGAACAUCUAGAGGAGGACACUCGGCUUCUGCUGCUCCAGAGACACAAACAGGAGCUGACUAAUAUCUGAUCUCCUGUUGAUAUUUGCUGAAAUCCUCUCUGUUGUAAAAAGGAUGUAAAAUGUUUGAGUAUUUGCUGUGUAUAUACUGUAAAUAAAACCCAGUAGAUGCCAUUACUGAAUAGUUCGCCAA